UGGAUAGCGUGAGUUUCAAGGUUCAUCCUCUUAGUGUAAUGAGUAAUGGUAAGAAUGGCUUCUCUACUCUGAGGAUCACAGCUUCAGAAGAAGAUGAUGAAUCCUCCGCCAAUCAUCAUGUUCAUCCUGAUGGAUGGUUUUCUGAGUUUUCUUCCAUUUGGCCAGGGCAAGCACACUUUUUGAAGGUUGAAAAUAUUUUGUUCCAAGGCAAGUCCCAGUACCAAUCUAUGCUGGUAUUUCAGUCAGCAACCUACGGUAAAGUUUUUGUGUUGGAUGGAGCUCUCCAACUCACUGAGAAAGACGAAUGUUCAUACCAAGAGAUGAUGACCCACCUUCCUCUUUGCUCCAUUCCUAACCCAAAAAAGGUACUGCUUAUAGGAGGGGGAGAUGGUGGCAUCCUCAGAGAAAUUUCCCGCCACUCUUCUGUGGAGCAAAUUGACAUUUGUGAAAUAGACACUAUGCUGAUUGAUGUGUACAGAGAAUAUUUCCCAAAUAUAGCUGUUGGAUACAAGGACUCUCGAGUCAAACUUCAUGUCACAGAUGGAACUUUGUUUCUGAAAUCUGUCGAAAGAGGCAGCUACGAUGCAAUAAUAGUAGACGCCUUCGAUCCAAUAAGGGCUGAUCAUGAGCUAUUCGAAUCAGAGUUUUUUGGAGUGGCAUCGAGAGCUCUACGAGGAGGAGGAGUUGUGUGCAUUCAAGCAGAGAGCUUAUGGUGUGGCUCACUAGACAUUCAGAAGCUCUUCUCCAAAUGCCACAAAAUCUUCAAAGGCUCCAUUGAUUAUGCUUGGACCACUGUUCCUGCUUAUCCAAGUGGGGUCAUAGGAUUCUUGCUUUGUUCCACAGAAGGCCCAUACGUGGACUUCAGAUGUCCAAUAAACCCCAUAGACCCACAAAACUAUGGCAUAUCCAAGCAACCCUUGAAGUUCUACAACUCUGAGGUUCAUUCUGCUGCCUUUUGCUUGCCAUCUUUUGCGAGAAGUGUCGCCAGCAUGAAGCCCAAGAACAGUACUUAAGUGGAGUUGAAUGUUGAUGUCAAUUACGGGAAAAGAGACCAAUUAAGCUUGUCCAGCAUUUUAAGCGUAUUCAACAGUAAUUAAUAUGCCGACAACAUUAUUAUGCAAAUUCCGACAAUAAUCUUCGUCAAGUGAGAUGUCAUCGAUGUGUCUGGAUUUUUGAGAAAUUUUGCAUUUUUGCUGUCCCCCCAAAGUUUGUGUUUUCCUUCAAAAACACUACUACUUGUCUCACUAAAUUCAUUGCUUGUAUCUAAACGAUUGGCAUUGAGUAAAUCAU